GGGGCUGCUGGGGGGAUGGGGCUGCAAUGAGCUGCUUUUGGCUGCUUUUGUGUAGAUGUGACUACUGUCGAUGUUCAGCCCGUGGAGGUACAUGUUUUGCGGUGGAGGGGGGGAACUACAUAAGUUCUCGCGGAUGGGCAGUGCUCCUCUUCCGCUCCCCACCAGGUCCGUCUUCGCAAACGCCCUCGAGUCACUAAACUCUACGGCAACUCCAUUCCAUCAACACGAACUCCCUCAAUCUCUCCAUGCCGCAACUCGGCGAUCUUCCCGAUGAGCUCCAACUCGCAAUCAUCAAGUGUCUCCGGUCCCGCCGCAAGCAAUCCCCAAAACAUCACGCAUUGGUCUCGCUGGCCGGGACCAAUCGAAGGUUCUACCACCUGACGAGGCCCUAUGCGGAUCCGGAGAUCACCCUCGAGGAAUCUGAUUUCCACGACUAUUUGGUCCAUCUUGCCGGGGCGACCAAUCUUAAUACCUUGACGAUCAAGGCAAGACUGCCUCGACGCGAUGAAGAUCUCCAGACACUCGAUGACGCCUGCAGUGUAUUCGCCUCGGUGCCGAAUGUCGAGGUGAUGUAUCUGAAACUGGUGGUAAAACGCCAGUUCGACUGGUAUCGACCUCAAAACCCCGAUCCGUUGUUUACCUACGACUUUCUGGCGCAGCACUUCCAGCGGCUGGAGACCCUCGAGCUGCGCCAGGACGAGAAAAACACGAACAUGGUCGUCGAGUUUUCACACGCCAUUCCGCUGCUGGCACUACCGCGGCUUUCGGCCGUAACUCUCAAGCUCGUCGGCGGGGGCAAGCCCAAAGAUGUUGACGAGCUGGUUUCCCAACUCGGCGGUCGGCCGAGCAACGUCCGCAGCCUCACGACGGGUCCUUCGAACCUGAGCGGCGAACUCCUCCGCGAUCUCUUUUCGCGCGCGCUCACCCAGCUCGAACAUCUGGACCUGGAUCACCUAGAAGGCGUGUUCGUGGGCUCGUACUAUAAUGAGCAGAUGAGAAUCGGCCCCGCGCUGAUGAGCGUCAAGGCGAUGAAGCGGAUCAAAAUCUCGUACGCGAUGAACAACAUCGUGCCGCAUAGGUGGCUCCAAUCUAACGAGAUCUCGUCCCUCGCCGACCACACGCUGCUGGAGUCGCUCACCAUCCAGCCCGUCCUGCUGUACGGCGUGGAAAUCGACGCCCACAGUCCGGACCUGUCCCAACUUCUGCCACCGGGCCUCAAGCAUCUCGAUUUCUGCCGGACUGCGGGAGUAAGCGGUAACUUCAUCCUGGGGAUUUACCGCAAACUGGUCGAGUUUGUCCAGUUGCGAGGUGUCGCUGCGGCAGGUGGCGCGUUGCUGUCGCUGCACGUCACUUUUGAGCUGGACUGGUCAUUGGAUCUUAUUCAGGUGGCCGCAAAACGGGAACUCGCCGACACUUGCGAGCAAUUUCAGGUCGAAUUUCGUGAUCAUUCAAAACCUUUACAUUGCUACACUUAUGAGGCACAGUCUUGACGAGUGAUUUGGGAAUGGGACUUAAAACUGGGAGCAGAUGAGGAUGGGGAGAGGCUGCUGUUUUUGCGUUUGUUCGAAGGGCCAGGGGCGCGAGGGGGGGUGGGUUGCUGUGAACGAUAUCAUGAGUUUUGUUGGCAUCGUUUGUGCUUUAUCGCAGUCUGCAGAUAUAUAU